AUGCACCCUUUCGUUAAGCCCGCCUGUUCCGGUAGGAUUGCAUUGUUCUGUUUGGCUGCUGACCGGAAGUGGGCUACCCGUCCGGGAAUUUUAAAUAUUGGCAGCCGGUGGGCUUCUCUUCCUCCGAAGAGCUGAAUGAGACGGUUCGUUUCGCUUUUUCGGUGGCUGCGUUGAUCUGAUUUCGGAGGGAGGGACUGCCUUGCUUGUCGCUAUGGCUGUGGAUAACUAUGAGGAGCUUCUCAAGUACUAUGAAAUAUGUGAAACGGUUGGUACAGGUGGCUUUGCAAAGGUUAAAUUGGCUUGUCACCGGCUUACUGGUGAGCAGGUUGCAGUAAAAAUAAUGGACAAGUCAGCACUGGGGGGUGACUUGCCCCGUGUCAAGACAGAGAUUGAAGCCAUGAAGAGCUUAAGCCACCAGCACAUCUGUCGGUUAUACCAGGUGAUUGAGACGCCAGAGAAAAUAUUUAUGGUGCUAGAGUACUGCCCUGGAGGAGAGCUCUUUGACUAUAUUAUAGCAAAAGAUCGGCUAACGGAAGAAGAAGCCCGUAUCUUUUUUCGUCAGAUCGUCUCAGCGAUGGCAUAUGUGCACAAUCAUGGUUACGCUCACAGGGAUCUCAAGCCUGAAAAUUUGCUGAUUGAUGCUGAGCGCAACUUGAAGCUGAUUGACUUUGGUCUCUGCGCAAAGCCGAAGGGUGGCUUGGAUUACCAUCUAAACACAUGUUGCGGAAGUCCAGCUUAUGCAGCGCCUGAGUUGAUCCAGGGCAAAGCUUACAUUGGUUCAGAGGCAGAUAUUUGGAGCAUGGGAGUCCUCCUGUACGCCCUCCUCUGUGGAUUUCUGCCUUUCGAUGACGAUAACGUGAUGGCCCUCUACAAAAAAAUAGUGAGGGGGAAAUAUGAGGUUCCCAAAUGGCUGUCGCCUGGCAGUGUGCUGCUGCUUCACCAGAUGUUGCAGGUGGACCCAAAGAGACGAAUUACGGUGAAACAUCUCUUAAAUCACCCCUGGCUCAUGCAAGGCUACCCUUUUGCUGUCCAGUGGCAAAGUAAAUACCCGCUCGGACGUCUGGAUGAAGACUGCGUCACAGAGCUUUCAGUGGUCCACAAAUGUAGCCGAGAAAGAAUGGCAGGUGUAAUUUCAGAGUGGAAAUACGAUCAUGUGACAGCUACGUAUCUCUUGCUCCAAUCCAAGAAAGCUCAUGGCAAGCCCGUUCGCCUGAGGAUUCCUUCUCUAGCAUCGGACUGCACAAGCGUCACUCCAAGCAGAGAGCAGAAGUUCAAAAAGAGCCUGACUUUUGAAGAUGCUCCAGAGCACGGCAGCGACGAUACGCCUGACAUGCUUGGGUCCUUGGAAUUUCUAGGUUCCUUCGAAGCUCAGCCUGUACCAUGUAUUACACCCAAAGCCAAACAGCAUCGUGUAUUCCUGGAUGGUGAAGAAUUCACUCCACCUCUUCCUCCUAUGCCAAGAAGAGGAGUAUGGUCAAAGAAAAAGGCCAACAAGGAGAACUCUGAUGCCAAAGCAACAGCGAACCUUGAGCCUUUCGUGCAUCCUGCUCCCAAGACGCCGAUGUGGGCCAUGAACGAGAAGAGGGUCCUGACCACCCCAAACCGUGUGCUUCCAUCUGAAGAGAGCGGUCAGGCCGUGAAAUGGAGCCCAGCUAAGAAGCCACCCGCUCCUGCGCAUCCAGAGGAACUGGUGACGGGGGUCAUUAGCCCCGAGAGAAGGUGCCAUUCCUUGGAACUGGAUCUGAACCAGGUUCAUCUGGAAAGCGGCCAGAAGAGGAAAGGGGCCAAAAUGUUCGGAAGCUUCGAAAGAGGCUUGGAUAAAGUGAUCACCAUGCUCACACCCAGUAAAAGGAAAGGCUCAGCAAAAGAAGGCCCGAGGAAGCUACGGGCUCAUUACAAUGUGACCACAACUAACCUGCUGAAUCCAGAUGAGCUGCUAAAGGAAAUAAUUGCUAUCCUUCCUGAAAAACAUGUUGAAUAUGUACAGAAAGGCUACAAGCUCAAAUGUCAGACACAGUCAGACUUUGGCAAAGUGACCAUGCAAUUUGAGCUGGAAGUCUGCCAGCUGGGCAAAUCUGAAGUCAUCGGCAUCAAGAGGCAACGGCUGAAGGGGGACGCGUGGGUCUAUAAAAGGCUAGUGGAAGACAUCUUGUCUAGCUGCAAGUUGUAGCCCCUGGUUGCCCCACCGGGGUACAGAGCAGCUUCAACUAGCUGUGGUCGAUUUGGCCAUCACGAUGAGGUCUAACCUGUCCAAAGGACUAGCGUGUUGUUUUUAAAAUAGAAACUCUUUUGUGAAUAAAUAUGUAACCUACCAGGUCA